UUCGUAUAUUAUGAGCAAUGAUUUAGACUGAUAUAUCAGAUAAUAAAUAGAGGCCAAUAAUCACCAACGCUUUCAUCAAAUUCAUUUCAGUUUCAGAAAUCAGAAAUGCUGCUCGUCCCUCCUUCAUUGCCGCCGUCGUUUCCACCUGCCUAUUUCGCCUCCGCCCGCCAUUCGCGCCUUUGUACGACGCUUCGGCGCCACCUGGUUGCCGCGACUAAUGAAGUCGACGCCUUCACGCAAUACUCCGGCUACCUCUUCCAGCUCAGCUCAUCUGAAGCCGAAUCACUCAAUGAAUACAAAAUAUCCAAAAUCGCCGCCAUAUAUCAGAAGAAGCCUCUGAUUCUCCUCCGCCGCUUGCUGCAGACCGCUACCACUCUCUGCCGCUGGUUCGCCCUCCGCUAUUAUGACCGUAUCACCGAGCGUGCGGACGUCAUGUUCGAGGCCAGAGCUGCUGAAUUGAGGAAGAUAUUAGUACAACUUGGCCCGGCUUAUAUUAAGAUAGCUCAGGCCAUUUCGUCUCGACCUGAUUUGAUACCGCCCACAUAUUUGGAUGAACUUUCACUCUUACAAGAUCGAAUUACACCAUUUUCAACAACAGUUGCAUUUGAUAUAAUAGAACAAGAACUUGGAUUACCGAUAGAUGUACUAUUUUCAGAAAUCUCCCCUGAGCCAGUGGCAGCAGCAUCACUUGGACAGGUUUAUCAAGCUAGGCUUCGAUCAAGUGGGAAGGUUGUUGCCAUAAAAGUGCAGAGGCCUGGAGUUAGAGCUGCAAUCUCAUUGGACAUACUGAUCUUGCGUUUCUUGGCAGGGGUUGUAAAGCGAGUAGGAAGAUUUAACACAGACCUCCAGUCAGUGGUUGACGAAUGGGCCACAAGCCUUUUCCGGGAGAUGGAUUACAUCCAAGAAGCAAAAAAUGGAGUAAAGUUUAGACAGUUAUACGGCAGCAUAAAUGAUGUUGUGGUUCCUGAAAUGUAUGUUGAGCAAACAUCUGGCAGGGUUCUUACCAUGGAAUGGGUUGAGGGUCAAAAGCUAGCGGAAGUGAAGGAUCUUUACAUGAUUCAGGUGGGGGUCUAUUGUUCAUUCAAUCAACUCCUAGAGUUUGGGUUUUAUCACGCUGAUCCGCAUCCUGGGAACCUGCUUCGCACAUACGAUGGGAAACUAGCCUACCUAGACUUUGGAAUGAUGGGUGAAUUCAGAGAAGAACUUCGUGAUGGCUUUAUUGAAGCUUGUCUCCACCUUGUUAACCGUGAUUACGAUGCACUUGCAGUAGACUUUGUAACUCUUGGGCUUCUUCCACCUACAGCUGACAAGGAAGAAGUUACAAAAGCAUUAACAGGUGUCUUUCGAGGUGCUGUUGACAAAGGAGUUCGCAACAUAAGCUUUGGGGAUCUUCUUGGAGAUUUGGGAUUCACCAUGUACAAAUACAAGUUCAGGAUUCCAUCUUAUUUCUCGCUUGUCAUAAGAAGCCUGGCUGUUUUGGAAGGAAUCGCCAUUAGCUCUGAUCCAAAUUACAAAGUUCUGGGCAAUACCUACCCUUGGAUUGCCAGAAAAGUGCUUACUGGAAGCUCCGCGAAAUUGAAUUCUUCAUUGCAAACUCUUCUUUACAAGGAUGGUGUAUUCAGAAUUGAUCGACUGGAGUCUCUCUUAUCAGAGUCACUGCGUGCCAGGACAGAAAGAGCUUUGGUUGAAGAACAGGUAGAAGACAACUCUAAGAAGAUGAUCAAGCAAGUUCUUUCCUUUACUUUAGAUGAAACGGGAGCAUUCGUGAGAGAAAUACUUCUUGAUGAACUUGCUAAGGGAUUGGAUGCACUUGGAUUAGCGACCUUGGACUCACUUACAGCAAACCUACCCUUCAGGCCAAGUUCGACCUCCAUGACUGAUGAAGAUAUCAACAAUCUGCAAACUCUGAGACGCCUUACGCUAUUAAUUUCAGAGCUUCAACGAACUGAAACUUCUGCAGCGGGAGUCAACAUCCAGAAACAACAGUCAGAUGGAGCCGCACUGGUCCCUUAUGGAUCGAAAUCUGCUCAGGAAAUGCUGCCAGUUCUUUUCUCUGCAAUUUCUGAGCUCCCACAAGAUUCACAACAACAAUUGCUAAGACUGCCAGCAGAUCUGGCCGGAAAACUAGUCUCACGCAUUGCUGCCAGGACGUUAAAACGGGCAUUCCUAUAAAUUGAUCAAAGUUGUGCUGGGUUUUUUGAUCAGCUACUACCUGCCUUGUGAUGAGAUGGAGAGAAGCACACAACUCAACUGGAAACACAUACAAUAGCAAUUGGUCUUGAUUCCCUUGUGUGUAUUUAAUCGGCCACUUGUUAUUCACUCAAUUAAUCUUUUUCUUUAAUGGAUUUAUCCUGCUAUUGUGUACGUGAUAUA